CCCGCGCCUGGACUAUGGCCGCUGAGGAAGCCGUGCAGACGGCCGAGCACUACCGGGCGGAGGUGGAGCGGCUGAGCCGCGAGCUGGCCGAGACCACCCAUGAAAAGAUCCAGGCGGCCGAGUACGGGCUGGUGGUGCUGGAGGAGAAGCUGACGCUCAAGCAGCAGUACGACGAGCUGGAGGCCGAGCACGACGCGCUCAAGCAGGAGCUGGAGCAGCUGAAGGAGGCAUUCGGGCAGUCCUACUCCAUCCACCGGAAAGUGGCCGAGGAUGGAGAGAGCCGAGAGGAGACGCUGCUGCAGGAGUCAGCCUCGAAGGAAGCCUACUACCUGGGCAAGAUUUUGGAGAUGCAGAACGAGCUGAAGCAGAGCCGGGCUGUGGUCACCAAUGUCCAGGCGGAGAACGAGAGGCUCACGGCUCUCCUGCAGGAUCUGAAGGAGAACAAUGAGAUGGUGGAGCUUCAGAGAAUCCGGAUGAAGGAUGAAAUCCGUGAGUACAAAUUCCGGGAGGCCCGCCUCCUUCAGGACUACACGGAGCUAGAAGAGGAGAACAUCACACUGCAAAAGCUGGUGUCCACAUUGAAGCAAAACCAGGUUGAAUAUGAGGGCUUAAAGCAUGAGAUUAAACGAUUUGAAGAAGAAACGGUCCUGCUGAACAGCCAGCUAGAGGAUGCCAUCAGGUUGAAAGAAAUCGCUGAGCACCAGCUGGAGGAGGCCCUGGAGACAUUAAAGAAUGAGAGAGAGCAAAAAAACAACCUGCGGAAGGAGCUGGCCCAGUACAUCAAUCUCAGCGACAACCACAUCAGUCUCUCAGUGGACGGACUCAAGUUCUCCGAGGAGUCUGGCGAGCCGAAUAACGACGAGAAGAUGAAUGGACAUAUCCACGGGCCUCUGGUGAAGCUGAAUGGAGACUAUCGGACCCCAGCCUUAAGGAAAGGAGAGUCCUUGCACCCAGUCUCAGAUUUAUUCAGUGAGCUGAACAUUUCAGAGAUACAGAAAUUGAAGCAGCAGCUUAUGCAGGUAGAGAGGGAAAAGGCCAUUCUUUUGGCCAACCUGCAAGAGUCACAGACCCAGCUGGAGCACACCAAGGGUGCGCUGACGGAGCAGCAUGAGCGAGUACACCGGCUCACGGAGCAUGUAAAUGCCAUGAGAGGCUUGCAGAGCAGCAAGGAACUGAAAGCAGAGCUGGAUGGCGAGAAGGGCCGGGACUCCACAGAGGAGGCCCACGACUAUGAGGUAGACAUCAAUGGCUUGGAGAUCCUCGAAUGCAAAUACCGGGUUGCGGUCACCGAGGUGAUUGAUUUGAAAGCAGAAAUUAAGGCCUUAAAAGAGAAAUACAAUAAGUCUGUGGAGAACUAUACAGAAGACAAGGCUAAGUAUGAGAGUAAGAUCCAGAUGUAUGAUGAGCAGGUGACAAACCUGGAGAAGACCACCAAGGAGAGCGGCGAGCAGAUGGCACACAUGGAGAAAGAGCUGCAAAAGAUGACCAGCAUCGCCAAUGAAAAUCACAAUACACUGAACACGGCCCAGGAUGAGCUGGUCACGUUCAGCGAGGAGCUUGCUCAGCUUUAUCAUCAUGUGUGUCUGUGUAACAAUGAGACUCCCAACAGGGUGAUGUUGGACUAUUAUAGACAAAGCCGAGUCACCCGGAGUGGCAGUCUGAAGGGGCCAGAUGACCCCAGGGGACUCUUGUCACCACGGCUCGCCAGGCGCGGGGUGGCAUCUGCAGUAGAACCCAAGACCUCAUCAGAUCCAGGUCCCAAAGAAAAUGCUGAGGCCAGCAAAGAGCCGAGUCCAACGAAAACCCCCACAAUCUCUCCCGUCAUCACCGCGCCCCCCUCCUCUCCAGUGUUAGACACGAGUGACAUUCGCAAAGAACCAAUGAACAUCUACAACCUCAACGCCAUCAUCCGGGAUCAGAUUAAGCACCUGCAGAAGGCAGUGGACAGGUCCCUGCAGCUGUCUCGUCAGAGAGCAGCGGCUCGGGAGCUGGCCCCCAUGAUUGAUAAAGACAAGGAAGCCUUAAUGGAAGAGAUCCUCAAGCUCAAGUCCUUGCUGAGCACAAAGAGGGAACAGAUCGCCACCCUUCGGGCUGUACUUAAGGCCAAUAAGCAGACCGCCGAGGUGGCACUUGCUAAUCUGAAGAACAAAUACGAAAAUGAAAAGGCAAUGGUGACUGAAACGAUGACGAAACUCAGGAAUGAGCUGAAGGCUUUGAAAGAAGAUGCGGCCACCUUCUCAUCCUUGCGAGCCAUGUUCGCCACAAGGUGUGAUGAAUAUGUCACCCAGUUGGAUGAGAUGCAGCGGCAGCUAGCAGCUGCAGAGGAUGAGAAGAAGACGUUGAACACUUUGUUGCGCAUGGCCAUUCAGCAAAAACUCGCCCUGACCCAGCGGCUGGAGGACUUAGAGUUUGAUCAUGAGCAGUCUCGACGCACCAAAGGCAAACUUGGAAAGAGCAAGCUCGGCAGUCCUAAAGUAAGUGAAGCGGUGUCAGCCACCCUGCCCACCGUACACACUUACCCCCUGCAUAGGCCGCACCCACAGACACCCAGCUCGAGGGGCAGCAGUGGCACUCAGAGGAAAAGACAAUUUUCACCUUCCCUUUGUGAUCAGAGCCGUCCCAGGACUCCGGGGGCUCCUUACCUACAGAAUUUAUUAAGAGUUGCCCCCGACCCCACCUCCAGUGAGUCAUUUCUUCUGAAAGGCCCCCCUUCCAUGAGUGAAUUCAUCCAAGGGCACCGACUCAGCAAGGAAAAAAGGUUAACCGUGGCUCUACCAGAUUGUCAGCAGCCUGCUGCCGCCGUACCGCCACAGUGCGCACAACUAACUGCAAGGCCAGACUGCCCAACAGUCAGUCCUGAUGGAGUGGCCCCUGAGGAGCAGCCACAUUCCAGCUCGCCCUGCGUUCCUCUCCAGUGUCUCUCACCACCACCUCGCCCCUAAGCCUCACCGCCAGUGGACAUUGGGGCACACCCAGGAUACUGCCCAAGACCCAGCAGGGAGUUUUCUUCUCCGUAGUC